AAAAGCACCACUUAAAACUUACAAUUCUUCUUAACUUAGUCACUCACACUCCAGCUCACCAAUCCAUUUUCAUCUGUCAUUUUUUUUUUCUAUUUUUUAUCAUUAUUCUUUUACAAUUUUUGGGAUUAAUAAAUUUCCAUUUUCCAUUUGGAAAUUACACAGAAAGCUUCUCAGGGAUUCUUCCCUAUAAAAGGACUGAAUCCCCUCCACCCGAGUUUUUCAACUUUGACCAUUAUUGAAAAACCAAAGAUUACUCAAAAAAUGAAUAGAAUCAGAUUCAUUGUCCUCUUUUUUCUGUCUCUCUCUGCUGAUUUUUUUCGACUCUCUUUCUCAGCUGCCAAACAUCAACCACCCACAAAGAAAAACUCAGUUUCAUCAAGAACUUCUGUUAUCCUACCUGUUCAGGGCAAUGUUUAUCCACUUGGGUACUAUUCUGUUUCACUAAAGAUAGGGAAUCCACCCAAAGUGUUUGAUUUUGAUAUUGAUUCUGGUAGUGACCUCACUUGGGUCCAAUGUGAUGCACCUUGUACUGGUUGCACAAAGCCUCGUGAUAGCCUUUAUAAGCCGAAGAACAAUGUGUUGCGCUGCGCAGAUCCAAUUUGCUCGGCUGUUCAAUAUCCGGGGAAUCAACCCUGCAACUCGCCAACCGAACAAUGUGACUACAAAGUAGACUAUGCUGAUCAUGGAUCAUCUUUGGGUGUGUUGGUCAUGGAUAGCUUUCCUCUCAAAUUCUCAAAUGGCUCAACUCUUGGCCCUCGUUUGGCUUUCGGGUGUGGAUAUGAUCAGGAGUAUCAUGGCACACCACCUCCAACCGCUGGUGUUAUCGGCCUUGGCAAUGGCAAAGCCGGUAUCUUGUCACAGCUUACUCAAAUGGGUCUGACUAGAAAUGUAGUUGGCCAUUGUUUAAGCGAGCGCGGAGGAGGUUAUCUCUUCUUUGGGGACGAUUUUGUUCCUUCUUCAGGAAUCUCAUGGAUACCAAUAUUAGCCAAACCUUCAGAAGACUACUACUUAUCAGGACCAGCAGAGCUUUACUUCGGUGGAAAGCUAACAGGACUAAAAGGCCUCGAUGUGAUUUUCGACAGUGGAAGCUCAUACACCUACUUGAACUCCCAAUCUUAUGACGCCGUAGUUAGCCUGGUCACAAAGAGUUUAAUUGGAAAGCCUCUCAAGAAUGCAACCGAUGAUCGUUCCUUGCCUCUUUGCUGGAGAGGCAACAAAGCCUUCAAAACCGUUCAAGACGCUAAGACCUUCUUCACACCCCUCGUGCUAAGCUUUACCAACGCAAAAAAGGCUCAGCUGCAAAUGCCACCAGAGUCUUAUCUCAUAGUCUCGAAAUAUGGAAAUGUAUGCUUGGGAAUCUUGAAUGGCUCUGAGGUUGGAUUGGGCAACCUAAACAUCAUUGGAGAUAUUUCGAUGCAAGGAAAAAUGGUGAUUUACGACAACGAAAAGAAACAAAUCGGAUGGGGACCUGCAAAUUGUGACAGGCUUCCCAAUGUGGAAGGUGAAUAUGUUGAAGAUAUUCUCAAGCCAUCAUGUGCAGCUAAUAAUUUUGGGAUAGCAGCAGAGAGCAACUGCCCUUCAGGUCUUCUUUUCGAAUAAACAACUAAGUAGUUCUACAGAGGAAGAAGAGAAGGCAAAUAAAGUCUAAAUGAGUUCAUCAAAAUACAUGUCAAUAGAUCAAUAGAGUCAAUACUUUUUGAUAGGUUAUAUUAAGGUUGUGAUAUGAAGUAAUAUAACCUACAUUACAUAUUAUGAGUUUGAUAAUUAUAUAUAUAUACGAAUACACAAUGAAAUGAUCAUAAUUUUUUUGUUACAAGGAAGUUUCAUGUACAACAAAGCAUUCUAAUCUGUCAAUGCUCAAAUGGGAUUUUCCUUUUUCUUGCAAAAA